AAGCGUGAUUCCGUGACAAGCACACGAAUUGCUCGAGCGUUGGCAGCAAUGGCGACCGCCAUGCGCAGCUUGCAGGCUAGUAACGUGGUGCGGCCUACGACUUUGAUAGCUGAGGUUUCUGGGAUUCAACCCACCUCCGUUAGAUGUGCAUGGAAGGCGGGGUUGGUCAACUUGGGUGGGUUUUCUACUGCGGUUCCAAGGCGUGAAGUCAAGGUCAGGAGCGGGGUUGCUCGGGACAGCUUCGGAGCCCCCGGGGGUGGAGGAGCCCUGACCCCUGAAUUAGAGCAAGCUAUUGACAAGUUUCUCAGCGAGAACAAGGUGGUCUUGUUCAUGAAGGGUAACAAGCAAUUCCCUCAAUGUGGAUUCUCCAACACCUGUGUGCAAAUCCUCAACACCUUGAACGUCCCCUACGAAACUGUCAACAUUCUAGAGGAUGAUAAUCUGCGACAGGGCAUGAAAGAAUACUCUGCUUGGCCUACUUUUCCACAGCUGUACAUUGACGGUGAAUUUUUUGGAGGAUGCGACAUUACUUACGAGUCCUACAAUAGUGGGGAGUUGAAGGAGCUUUUGGACAGGGCCAUGUUGUCUUGAGCUUUGACCUUUAGGUGUUUUCUCUGGGCCGUGUAUACUAUUUGAAACACAGCAUAGCAUUGUUAUUAUCUGUGAUUUUCUUCGCUUAACCGAUUGUGAAGGGUUGAGUAUUCUUGUGACCCGUUAAUUCCUCAUUUGCACGAAGCAAACUUUUGUUCGAAUUUGUUGAACUUU